AAGACAUCCACCACUGUGCAGAACAAUCAGAAGGAAGGCCAUGAACAGGACAUGUGCUAUGUACCAGCAUGCAUUGUCCUCAUCUCACCAAACCCUUACUUUACAGUCAUGAGGGAAUGUUUGUCAAGUCUGGUCCCAGAUCUGUAUGCCAAGCCUCAGAAGAUGAAUGCGUUACUCAAAGAGUUUACCUUACAACUCCUCAUCAUACCUACACCUCCUGCUGGAAAUCUUUACAUCUCCCUGAUGUUGAAUGAGUUCACCAUCAGCAUCCCUCCCCCAGACGAUCCUGAGAAGCCGGUGGUCAACAUCUCUCUCCAUCUCCCGUUCCUCUGCUUCUCCUUGGACGACAUCCUCAAGAUCAUCUCAGCCAUCCUGACCCAGCAGAGGCUCAUCUUCCUCUCACAUGAUUACUCUCUCUUGGUCCCAAUUAUUGAGUGUUUCUUCUCCUACAUCCUGCCCUUCAAGUGGCCGUUUGUCUACGUUCCGGUGGUCUGCACUCAGCUUCUUGACCUGCUUGAGGCUCCAGGGUGCUUCAUCAUGGGCUGCCAUAGCUCACAUAGAAGCAGGAUACAGCAGAUUGAAGGACUUGUUAUAGCUGACAUAGAGAAAGGCACUCUCCAUGAAUGUCCUACGUUGUCUGUUCCAAGUCUGCCUAAAGCACCAGCAGAAGGAUUCAAAAAGCAGUUCUACCAUGCACGCGUGAAGUACUACGAGCUCUCCACACUGGGUCGGACUGUCCCUGCCACGCUGGAGAUGGAGAGAGCAAGACGACAGAAGAUAGACAGACAGUUUCAGCAGGAGAUCCUUGAUAGCUUUCUGGAGAUGUUUGUCCACAUAUUCAGGGAGCUUCCAGAGUUCAUGAGCAUGGAUCAGCGAUGGUUCAAACUGGAGGAGUUUGUUUCCUCCCGGGCGGAGGAAGAGAAGGACUUCUAUGCCGAGAUGGUCCACUCCCACAUGUUCAAGCCAUUCCGGGAGGACCGUCUGGACCAGAAGAAGGACUACUACGCCCAGAUGGAGAAGAAGAUCCGUCCACCGAGUCUCAAUGUGUCCAGCGUCGUGGACCAGGGCAGACUUCGUAAGCAGCAGAGUACAGGACAGGCUGUGCCUGAUUUGAGACGACGCAGAGUAUCCGAUGGAAGGAGUUUCAGCGACACAGGUCAAAGUUCAUCUGAUCAGACUGCGCAGUUCAUGCUGCCUCUCUUUCAUAUCCCAUACACUUCAGCCCAACAUUUCUUCACCAAAUGUAUUGAGCAGCUGGACCAUUCCAUUGAGAGCUGUAGACAGCCAGCUCUCAAGGCUUCCUACCUGUAUCUAAGAGGGAUGUUUCAUGUAGCAUGUAACUGCCCUCUCGAUGCACUAGAUGACUUCCAUAAUCUACACAAAGCAGACCUGUCUAUCCUUCCUACUAACCUGAUCACUGAGCUGAUGAACAACUUGAGUGCAGAAGACAAGGAUCUCCUCCACAGAAGAGAAUUCUACAAGAGAGGAGAGAUCCUACGGAAGAUCAGUGAGCGCCGUGCCGCACCUCAGAUCACUGCCAUGCCCAGUAUCCAACCAGAUGACCUGCCUGAGAAAGGGGAACUAGGUUUGAGAGAGUUUAUCCACUGGAUGCAGUACUUAGAGAUAGCCAUUGAUGUAGAUGUGAUUGACAGGCUGUUCAAUGCUUUAUCAGCAGGAUCCAACUUCCUUGAUGCCGAGACUUUCAUCUAUUUCUAUGAGGCAUGGAAGGAAGGGUUAGAGGAGACAAAGUCCAUACCACUCAGUAUCUACAAGGAAUACUUGGAGAGCACUGAGAGUGUUCUCAAGAUGUCUUCCUUAAUCAGAACAGAUCAUGGCAUGGGAAGAUUGGUCCUGACUGAGAAGAGGCUCUUCUACAUGGGCGAAGGCAGCAAUAUCUACAAGGAGAUUGUGAGAGCCAGAGACAUUGAGAAGUUAGAGAAGUUUGAAUACUUUAACAUCCUCCUCAGCUGCCAAGCCCUUAGGAUAUACAGCACCAAGCCCAAUACCAGUCCAUACGUUGCCAAUUUGAAGGCAGAGCGUAACAGUUGGUUCACACUGAUCACUGAGCUGUGGGCCGGGCGUGUCAUUGCCGACGCUCAGAAGGAUCCUCAGGUGGUGCAGCAAGCCGCAAGGAAUGUGAAGCUGAUAGACUCGGUCAUACGGAGUGCAGAGAAUGAGGAUGCAACACACGCAAAGCAUCUAGAUAGUGCUGUAUGGCAUCUGUGUCACUUCUCACGGUUGAGAGAGGAGGGCAUGGGACGGGUUCCACCAGAGACAAGCUCAGCUUUGGUUCACAAGUUUAACCCAUCCAGUAACGAGGCGCAGAGGACUACAGUGGAGGCUAUGGUUUACACACCGGGCACCUCUGUCUUUUCAGACCGGAGUAUGAGCGAGGAGGAGGCCACGCCCAAACUCUGGUGCGCCAUGGGGUCAGGCAAGGUCAAGGUCUUCGACGGGAGCAACUUCGUGCUGGAGGCGGAGUUUGCUGAUGCCAAGGACAGAGUGUGCUGCCUGCUGAGUGUGAGAGGAGAGCAGGUAUGGGCGGGGUCGUUCGAUACAACCAUCUACAUCAUCGACAUACCCAGCUGCCUGUCAAACAAACAGCUUGUAGAACAUAACGACAUUGUCUCUGACAUGACCAUAUCAGAAGAUGGCAAGAUUGCCUUCACAUGCAGCUUGAAUGGGCAGAUCUUUGGUUGGGACACGCAGAGCUUGUCACAGAAACAUCAGAUACAGCUGAAGAAUACCAAGACGCUCGUCUCAAUGAGAUGGUACAAUGACAAGUUAUGGUGCUGUACCAAGACUGAUAUCAAAGUCAUAGGCCUGGAUGGUAGUGAGCUGAGCAGCCUCCAGCAUCUUGACAAAGAUGGGGGUCCAUCCCUCAUUGAGUCGUUCCUUCUUCUAGGGAACAGGAUCUGGACAGGUUGUGGUAGGAGAGGAGAGGUAGCCUGCUGGAAUGUGAACACAUUCAAACAAGAGAAGCUUCUUACCAUAUCAUGCCGGGGUAUCAGCAAGCUUGUUGCCGUAGGAACCAGGAUAUGGGCUGGUAGCAAACAAGGCAAGAUUCACCUCUUCGAUGCCAACACCUGUGAGUACGAGAAGGAGCUCGAGGCUCAUGAAGAUGCUAUCAGGUCCAUGUGCCAGGCAGAGUUACGCUACGUCAUCACCGGGGCAGGCAGCAAGGAUGGAAAGGUCGCCCUCUGGAGGGCAAACUUUGUGGCAAACUAAAGGAGUGUAGCUUGGCAAAUACUGGUUAACGUCAUCUACGACUUCUUUUGGACAACUGCACGUAAACGAAUAGACUUCAUUAACGGUAGUCAACGACUUAAUCUCUACAUGGUCAGUGCGCGCUAGUGUUUGCGAAACAGACCGAAUUUCUCCUCACGCUUCAGUUUCGCGUAUGUUGCAUGCACAUGAUUACUGCGGUUCCGUUGUCCAGAGUAGUAUUAUACCUGAUUGGCCCCAAGUCAGGCCACGGGAAAGACACCAAAUUUCAUAACUUCAACUUGAGACAGAACAUGAAACCUAAUCUUAAACCUGAAAUCCAACUGUAAUCCUAGUCCUAACCCUAACCAUAAAAACUUUGAUGAAAUAAGUCCUGGAGGAGCCCAUUAAUGCCUCUCGUGUAGAUGAACAGCUUGAGGAUGGAAAAUAUCUGUCUUGAAUAUAUUUAGAACAAGUUGUAACAUCAAACUUUUCACCCAGAUCAUUUGAGAACAAGUUGCUGAAGCCUAUGAGCUUAAGCUGCCCAAUUUAACGAAGAAAUUGAGCUUCUUGAAAUUUAAUAAUGUUAUGAACUGAAAUAUAGAGUUACAAGUAGGGAUUGUUUACUUUUUUUGGUUGAAGUUUUCUACAGGGAAAUGAAAGCUGCACAAAGUUGUCAAUAUUUAUUGGUUAUUCUUGUUUAAAAUCCACCUUGGAAGGAACUACUCUUAUCCUUCAAUGUGCAAUAAAGAUCCUCAUGAUUUAAACGUAAAAUCACAGUAAAAUCACAAUCAGUGCUGUAUUAUAAAGAUAUAUAUAUACAUCUGUCCAUUUAUUUAAUCUUUGACAUCUUUUGACAUGUUUUUUUUAACCUGUGGCUAGUUUUAUUCUUGUUCUUCUGAUGUAAAGGCUUAUUUAGAAUUGUACAUAUACAUGUGCCUGCACAUCUUCUUUUUAGAAAGUCAGUUGGUAUUUUCAUUUCCUUUUUCCUCUUAAAACGUAUAUGAAGAAGAAAAAAAAUCAUUUAAAUACCUUUUUCGUAAAAGAUUAGAAAACAAUCUUAUCAAGAAUAUUUAAUAUACGGUACUUUCAUCUAGAGUAGAGGCAAUAGUAAAUGCAGAACCAAUACGUUUCUCACAAUGUGUUUUUGACAUUGAAAUGAAGAUGCAAUCAAUUUAGUGUCCUUUGUUAAUGAGCCAAUUGUCAACAGUGCCCAAAUUGCAGACUGUUGAAUGUUCUCAGAGGAACAUAGAUUCUUUUUAUUUUUAAUGCAUUGUAACUUCAAAUUUUAUGCCGAUAUAAUUUUUUCAAAAAUGAUCUGUGUUCUGGACCUGUUAAGAGUUCAUAGUGAAAUGUAAUUUAUAUUAAGUAAUGUAUUAUGUGCUAUGUCUAUGUGUAAAUAUGUCAGUGUAUUAUGUAAAUACACUUGUCGUACUUAAUGUUUUAAUAGUCCAGCUAUAUAUGUAUAUAUAUAUCAACCACAGCUGCUUUUCAUAUAUCGUAUACUUCCAUUUUUGAUUUGCUUCCACAGAUAUGUCUUUCUUGAAAAUAUGCCAAAUUACAUGUACAAUUAUUUCCAUAAUAAAGAUGCCUAGUAGUCAGGUUUUCGUUGGGAAUUUGACACCAUUCUGAUGUUUACCCAAUAACCGGUGUUGUCAUUCACCAAGCGUUGACUUCACUUUUACGAGAGACAUGUCUUGUGUAAUGCGCUGUGCUCUAGCCUACCACCAUAUGGAAUUCUCAUCAUGUACAGUGCAAAUAUUUGUAAUAGCUGAUGGCACUUGACAAACUAGACGUAUGCAUUAAAUUUGGUUACAUUUCAAAAAUUACCAAUUGGAAUUGCCCUAUUGGUACAUAAUCUGGUGAUGCAUUUGUUAUUCAGGAUAGUGCUUACAUAUAGUUUCUGGUGUCUAGUGUCUAUGUAUAAACUGUUCUUGUACAGUUAUAGCAUCAAUAUGUAGUGUUUACAACCUGUUUAAUUGCAGGUGCUAUCGUAGAAUGGUGUAUACAUGACCUGAGUGUCGACAAUUCUGUACUGUUUACUUUUUUUUGCUUCCAUUCAUUGAAACGUUGAUUAUAACCUUCCAUGACCUGGUAUGAAUACACGUAUGAAUAAAGAGUGGCCUACUUGGGAUACUGAAUACACACUGUCUUCUAUACAAACAUUUCAAGGCUCCGACUCGCAGGCCCAGGUUUAAAACCAGCUGGCUGAUCUUACUUUCACAUUCUUACUGUCCGAACCUCGCGAGUCUUCUCAUUCUAUUGUAUCCCAAGUUGGCCACUCAGUAUUCAAAUUUGCAUUUCUUUUCUUAUUUAAAAUCUUUAUAUAUCAAUUUGAAAUCCA